CUAUGGGCUGGUCGCAGCUCCUGUGCCUGUGUGAGCUUGCCGGAAAAUAUGCUGUUGCCACUCCUUGAGAUAAUUAAGGGAAGUCUUUUUGCUUGUCAGUCCUGCGGUUGAUCAAAUGCAGCCUACAAAACGUUUUUGACACCGUAGGGACGUCUGAUUUAUCAGCCGACACUGAAACGGAAGGAACUGGAGGAAAAGUUCCCGGACUGCUGAGUCUCCUCCUACACAUCUGAACAGCCAAUGCAUCUCUGUUGCUAGACAUCACCUUAGUGAUAUCUGUUCUUCCUCGCUUCAUCUGACCUGACCUCUCACCCCAAAGUGCUCAUCCCUCCCCAUCUCACGGCUGUCAUGGUGACUGGUACCAGACUGUGUCUCUUCUCCUCCCAGAGGAUCCCUGAUGGUUAACAGCAAACACAAGACAACAGGCACUGAAGAAUCACAAACAGGAUUGUCUGGAAUAUCUGGAUGGUUCUCUUCCUAGAACCCUGCCUCCAUUCUAGAAUCCUGCCACAUUCUAGAACCCUCCCACUCCCAUGCUGUACUGCAGGUGAACCCCAUCCAGGACCCAGAGGAUGAGACGUAUAAAGGCCCUCGUCGUCAUGGCCUUCCUGUGCAGCCUCUGCCUCAUCUUCUUGUACUCCUCACUCAACCUCCAUCUGGCCCACAGACACAGAGAUCUACUGGAAGUCUCAGCCAACCCCAGGUCUGAGAUUAGCUUUGAAACACUGUCCACCAAGCCGGUCCCAGCUUACCUCAGACUGACCGUUACCAAGGACAGUACAAAAAGUGUCCCUAUUCAGGUCACUGUUACACCUACUCCUGAUCUCCACCAAGCUGCUGUCUUUGCCGCCCUCAAGAAGGCUGUACCUCAGAACACAGCCUACUGGAACCGUGUUCUUUACUCUGGCAUCAGACGACUGGACAUGGGGGGGAACUCAACAAGACCGGAGGGACUGGACUGGUCCCAUUGCCGACACGACCCCGAGCAGCUGCGGACAAACAUUCAUGACUUUACUUCCUAUCCAGAACUCCACCAGGACUUCCUGCUUGGGAUGGAGUGUAGAAACCCUCCUAUCCUGAUUGACCAACCAGAGAAGUGCACCUCGGAAGACGGAGAAACCUUCCUCCUCUUCGCCAUCAAGUCGACCCCGAGGAACUUUGAGCAGAGACAGGCGGUACGGGAGACGUGGGGGCGAGAAGCGCUGUAUGGAGGAGGGGUCAGAGUUCGUAUAGUGUUCCUGCUGGGAUCCUCGUCAUUGGACGAGCCCGACCUGAGCCAGCUACUGGUGCUUGAGGCGCGACACCACGGCGACCUCCUCCAAUGGGACUUCCACGACUCGUUCUUCAACCUCACGCUAAAGGAGCAGGUGUUCUACAGGUGGGUCCUGAGCCGCUGUCCUAAAGUCUCCUUUGUCUUUAAAGGGGACGACGACGUCUUCGCCAACACUGAGGCCAUACUGGGCUACCUGCAGUCCCUGGAGCCUGACAAGAACUCAACGCUCUACCUGGGCCAGAUCAUCUCCACUGCUAGUCCCCUCCGUGACACUAGGAGCAAGUACUACAUCCCCCCGACCUUCUACGACGGACCUUACCCUGCGUACGCCGGGGGAGGCGGUUUCCUCUUCUCGGGGUCGUUGAUCAGACCGCUUUACGGCGUCUCCAAGUUCCUCCCUUUCUACCCCAUCGACGAUGUUUACUCUGGGAUGUGCUUCAACGCACUGGGAAUACUUCCAGAGGCACACGAUGGCUUCCAGACGUUUGACAUUCGCGAGCAGGACCGGGAGAACCCGUGCGUCCAUAAGGAACUGCUGCUGGUGCACCGGCGGAGCCCUCAGCAGAUCAUUAGACUGUGGCGAAGCAUACACAACCCCGUGCUCAUAUGUUGAACC